CGCUACACGUAUUUCCGGUUCCGGCGGCACCGGGCGCUGCUCCCGGUGCUUUGGGAGGGAGAGCGGCGGAGCCCUGAGCAGCGGCGGAGCCAGGGCUGCACGGAGCGCCUCUCCGAGGUCUCUAGCGCGGCCCGGCCGGGCUCGCCGCUCCCCUCGGCGUCCCCUUCAUGGGCGGGCGGUAGCGCGGGGCGCUGCCCGGGGCCUGGCGUGAGGCGGCGGCGGCGGGGCAGAGCGGCGCCCGGCCCGGUGCGGCGCCGCGGCCCGGGGCCAUGUUCGUGCAGGAGGAGAAGAUCUUCGCGGGGAAGGUGCUGAGGCUCCAUGUGUGCACCAUGGAGGGCGCCGAGUGGCUGGAGGAGGUCCCCGAGGACACCACGGUGGAGAAGCUGAAGGAGCGGUGCCUGAAGCACUGUCUACCCGGGAGCUUGGAGGAUCCAAAAACCAUGACACAUCAUAAGUUGAUACACGCUACUUCUGAGAAGGUGCUGACAGACACAAAAACGGUCUUGGAGGAAAACAUUCAAGAUAGAGAUGUCUUGCUUUUAAUAAAGAAGCGGGCACCACCUCCACUUCCCAAAAUGGCAGACGUCUCAGCAGAGGAGAAAAGGAAACAAGAGCAGAAAGCUCCUGAUAAGGAUGCUAUUCUCAAAGCAACUGCAAAUCUGCCCUCUCGCAAUGCAGAUCGCACUGUGGCCCAUCACAACAUGAGGGAUUUUCCUUUCUUGCAGUUCCAGACAGAGCUCCGGAAGAUCUUAGUGUCUCUCAUUGAAGUUGCACAGAAAUUGCUAGCGCUGAACCCAGAUGCAGUUGAACUGUUUAAGAAGGCAAAUGCCAUGCUGGACGAGGAUGAGGAAGACAGAGUGGAUGAGAUUGCUCUGCGACAGCUUACAGAAAUGGGGUUUCCAGAAAGCAGAGCUGUGAAAGCCCUUCGAUUAAAUCAUAUGUCCGUGACCCAGGCCAUGGAGUGGUUGAUAGAACACGCAGAUGACCCUGCAGUGGAUGCUCCACUUCCAGGUCAGACUCCAUCAGAAGCCACAGCUGAAGCUGGUGCAGCCUCUGCGGAAGCGACUGCGGGUCCUAGCUCAGAAGCAGAAGGGGAAGAGGCCAAGGAUGAGCUGACAGAAAUAUUCAAGAAGAUCCGGAGGAAAAGAGAAUUUCGUCCAGACCCACGAGCUGUCAUUGCCCUGAUGGAGAUGGGAUUUGAUGAAAAAGAAGUGGUAGACGCACUCAGAGUAAACAACAACCAGCAAAAUGCAGCCUGUGAAUGGCUGCUGGGAGACAGAAAGCCUUCACCAGAGGACUUAGAUAAGGGCAUUGACACCAAUAGCCCACUCUUCCAAGCCAUCUUAGAAAACCCAGUGGUACAGUUAGGGUUAACCAACCCUAAAACUCUACUAGCCUUCGAGGAUAUGCUUGAAAACCCCUUGAACAGCACUCAGUGGAUGAACGAUCCAGAAACUGGGCCUGUCAUGCUACAGAUCUCUCGAAUCUUCCAGACGCUGAACCGCACGUAGAAGGGAAUGCCAGUUCACUGUGCAGCUUCCUCCUGCCCCUCGCUUCACUGUCUCCUCGCCAGGAGGAUGCAUGGAUUGUCUGGGGAGAGGGGCGGCUGGAAGGCAAGAGGGAAGAUCUGAACGGGUCUCUUGCACGAGAGCUUAUGUAGUUAUGGCCAACUGAAGUUAAUUGCCUUGUGGAUUUAGUGUUAGUGGAAGAGGUUUGAAGACUUGUUUAUGUUUUCAGGUAUUAGGUUUAAAUCAAAGUAUAUAAAAGAAAAAAAUAGGAAAAGGUUUUGUGAAAACAAUUAAGAAUCUAAUUGUUGGAAAGAAAUAUGAUAUUGCUUGUUAAAAAGGCCUGUGACAGUAGUUUUCUAGCCAGUUCUGCUAGCAUCUGGCUAGUGUUUACAAAAGGUCACUGACCACUAGCAUAGACUAUUAAUCAUCUCCAUACAGUAUUAAUUUAUGGCUAUAUCGAAUUAUGAAAUGCUUUUAAAAAUUGAUUCCUAGGAAAUGUUUUUUAAAAGUCCAAAUAUUGGGAGAGCAGGCGCAUUUUUAUCCAAACUUGUUUAUCCUGCAUUAUAACUUAAACAGAACCAUCCAGAGAUGGAAUUCUUUUAAUAAAUAGCAUUACUUUUUCCUAUUUAUUUCCUGCAUUAGUGCUGUUGCAGUCCCACAGUGGUUAGCCUUGCAGGAGAUUCUCUCUCAGCUACGUUAAAGAUGCAGUAUCUCUUUCACAACAGAACUCCAGGACUUGGAUUCUCAAGCAGGCUGCAGUUCUCAAGUUCAGACUCUGAUGUAUCCUAGCAUGAGGAGAGAUAUACUCACGUAGUAGGUUUCUUCCAUUUUUAUGUGCGUGUUUGGAAAGGAAGACAUGUGGGGUUUUACUUUGGUUUGAAGUGUUUACAAAAAAGCAACUAAUUCACAUGAGUUUUUCACUGGUGAUAUAUAAAGCAGAACCACUUCAGUUUUGAUCUUGUUUAACGUAUUUAAAAGCACACUUGAAAUUAUCUUAUUUGACAUAGAAGUGGGGUUUUACCUCGGAAAUAUAGAGAAUAUCGGGCAGCAUCUUCCCUUGGUCAGAAGGCUGACUUGAGAUUUCAGAUGGGAGUUGUGAGCUUUUAAAAGCAGAACUCUCUGAGAAUACCCAGCUGGUUUUUAUGAUUGAGCUCUGCAGGUUUUACUGUUUUAACAAUCUGAACAAAAAUGGGUUUGUUUUAAAGUUAAUGAAACCUGAUUGACAUCUGUCAAUCCCCGCCACACCUUGCCCUUCACAGCCCUUUUUGGGGAAGGCAGGCUGGGCAGGAGUAACCAGAUGGAGACCUUAAAUAGCACAGAGGUCUCCUCUCAAGCUCCUGCACAGCUCUGCUUUUUCAGUGUGGAGUUUUCUUGUGCAAUUGGGUUUUUUUAAACGAAAAUGCAACACGAUGCAACCCGAAACCCUACAACAAGUUUUAGCCUGAACUUGGCAUCUGAUCUCUGCUGUUAUGCAGUCAAGGUGCUGAAGUUGCCAAUUUCACAUAAUUAAUAUGGAGGGUGGGGAAAUCAAAACAGCCUGAGAUUUUUAUCUUGUCUUACUAUCCCAGGAUUUUUUUUGUUACUCAUAAUUUCAUUUUAAGCUUUGCAGUUUGUGACUGCUGGAAUAUUUUCUUCUACAUUUAGAAAUUCCAAGCCUCAGAGAGAUGCUUCUCCUGCUCAGAAUUGACAGUAAAAGUGUUUUCCUGGACUUGCUAAGAACAGAUUGACAGCAGAACUUUAAAUUAUAGCCUUGUCCUGUAACUGUGAAAGCAAGGAACCUGAUCCUGCAGCUCAGUGAGUUCAGCACAGUGACUUAGUUGUGACUAAAGGUUGUAGUGAUGUGAAAGGUUUUCAUUAUUUUGCCCACUUUUUUCUUAUUCCCCAAAACUUUUUGCCUCUGAUACAACCAGAAGACGCUGUCACUCGAAGCUUUAAUGUUAGAGGCACAUGUCCUUCUCUACCGAGCGAGAUUCUCGUAGGUGCUCCUUUUAAUGAAUGUUUUCAGAAGACUGAAAGUUUUCCUCUGGGAAAAAGUACCGUGAGGAUUGGUGGGUUUUUUGGCUUCUGAAUGAAUGAGAACAGGUUCAGCCUUAAUGAACACUCAUGGUCUUUGAAUGUAAAAGGCUUGUUAAAAUGUUUCUUUUUAUUUCAGUGAUGCAUGAUCAGAGUCUGGAGGGGCUGUAGAGCUACCAGACAGAUAAGGCAAGGAUCAUGUCGGCAUUAAAGUCAUCUAAAAGUUUGGCAUCUGGUUUGUGGGCAGAACCUCGGGAUGAGCCAUAUGUCAAGAGUGAGCAACCCAUCUUGCCUGUGCUGGCGCAGGAGGAGCUGCUGCCAGGACCGUGUGGGUGAUGAGCCUGAACCAGGCUCCCAACUUUUAGAGGGCUGAAGCUGGACACGUUCCUGAUACGCAGUGUCUGACCUGUCUUGAAGGAACAGAGUCGAGCAUUUCUAAGGGUAGAGGUUCUGCUGCUUGUGUAUCUCUGCAUCAACCCCACAACAACGGGAGCAGAGUGUGAUCCUGCCAGGUCUGCUGAUGAACUGGGCUCGUGCUCCAGUGUCAGUUUGAUCAAGGUGAUAAGUUAUGGGAGCUGCUUCCCUUGGUGUGCCAGAACACAAUCGGUGCCACUGAACCUUUUAUAAAGUAAGGAAAAAACUGUUGGUAAAGCCAAUCAUGCCUCUGUAAUAGCAGAACCCAGGAAUGCUCAGGUUAAGCAACAGAACCUGAUGUUGCAGCAGCAGUUAGAGACUGUAGGGAUAAAGGAAUACUGCAUCUUUAAAAUGAUUGAAGACUCUAGAAUAUGUGGUUAUUUCUGGAUUUUAUUAUUCCAGAGUUCAACACUUACACAGCUGAAGUGUUGCAGAGUGUGUUCUUCCCGAUCUGCCAAAGUUUUCUUGCUUGGUAUGGCUUUAAUGUAGCCCUGCUUGUCUUUUGAGGGCUUAGUUUCCAGUGGCCAAUAGCUGAAAGAGGCCAGAGUAUAGGAGGUGUGAUGUUUGCAGCAAGGCAGAAGAGCUGAUUUAAAACAAACAAAACCUACCCUUGAGGUUAAAUGAAUGCUUAGGGAAUUAAUCCAGGCAGGGAGUGUUAGACUAUGGAUUAGUAGCAGAUGAGGGAGCUGUGUGUCCUCACCACACCUGGCUGUGUUGCUGUUUCAUCCUAGUAAGUGGAGGGGGCAGUUAAGUCCUAUGUGCUUGCAAAGGUAUUGAUUAUCCCAGUUUUUACAAAACCUGCCAAAGCUGAAAGUUCCCUGCUGUUGAGUCAGAACGCACAGAUGGGUCUCCAGGCACAAGGAGUGUGUGUAAUAAGCUUUACCUGGUCAUAAACUGUCCUGUUCCGUGGCUGAAGGGCAGGGCACUGGUGGAGCUGGUCUGUGAGCCACUGAGAGGUCCUGAAGCACAUGGGAAUAGGAAAAAAAGGAAGAUUUUGCGAGGAAGAAUUAUUCGCAGGGGUAAAGAUUUACACAUUCAGGUCCCAUGCUUGCAUCUCUGGUGUUCAAGUUAUAACUAGCAAAGACAUGUUGUAUUUAAGUGUCUCAUAACAUAGUCAUGGGAACGUUUGGAAGCCUGUGGAAUCGAGGAGUAAGGAAGGGGGUGGUGGAUGGCCAAUACAAUCUGUUUCUUUUGGCUCUAGCUCUUGGCCCCGUCCAGUGAUACAGACAAUCUUCUGCCUUUUGAUGUUAACCUGACUCCUGAAAGCUAGCUUGCUAUUUAUUUAAAUAUAUAACUUAUGAUUUUGUCAUCAAAACACUGAUGUUUUUAAUGGAAAUGUAUGGCAGUUUGUUCUCAGGGCUUCAUAUUUAUACUCUGUAUAAGGGAUGCAUUUAAAGGGAUGUAUUAGGAAAAAAUGCCAGUGGCCACUUUACAACUUGGACCUUGAUUGUCUUGACCUGUGAGACGGAGCUAGUGUAGCUCCCAAUAAAGCUCUCGUGUCUGGUCCAGUCCAAAGACUCUGCCAGUCUCUCUCUCUCAGUGAGCAGUGACAGGAGUCUGCAUUGCUCUCUGGAAACGGUCACACAGGAUUACCCAGCUGCUUCACAGUUCCCUGAUCUUUACACCAUUUCAAGGACACUUCUGUUCUCCGUGCAGCUGGAAAAUUAACUUGCACGGUUUCUGAAGCAGCCGUCAGCUCUGCUGGGGUGGAGCGAGGUUUGCCCCUGCAGGAGCUCCGAAGCCUCCAGCUCAUUGCUGCCUUCUGGCUGCUGCAGGUGUCCCAGCACCUUCACCUCAUUUCUUUACUCACUCUCCUGGAACCAAACUUGUCUUUUGGAGAUUGAUCUUCAUGUCCAAAAAACACUCAAGUGGUUGCUGAAAUCCUUUUUUUAGUUAGGACUGUUACAAUUAUUUUUUUAGACGUUGUCAUUCAUGGACUGAGGAUCUUUUAAUGUAUUUUGAAAGUUGUUUAAAUAAGCAUUGUACCAAACGAAUGUAUAGUGACUCUGUCAGCAGAUAUUGCCUGUAGGAGGGAGACAGGUGACCAGGGAUCUGGACUUCAGGGGCAGUUUUAGAGAAGCAGUGCGCACAGGAUAGCGAGUGUUUCACCCGGAGUAAAUGCCCCAUUUUUCUACUUUUAAUAAAUAGCAUUUUUAUUAACUCGCAGAAUAGCGGUGCUUGUGGCUGGGUGUUCCCAUUCUAUCUUAAGUCCUUGUGCUUUGAGGCACAGGCAAAGCCCUGGCUGUGUCCUUUCUGGUUUUCCAGCUGAAGGGUUUGUGUUGCUCUUGUUGGAGGGAGGGCACGCGGUGGGCUCGGCAGCACGGCCCUGCAGAGGGAACAGCAAGCGGUGUGAAUUAUGCCUGCGAAAGUGCUGUCGUGGUUGUUCGCACCUGCAUCCUGACAUCUAGGCAUAACAAAAGAGGUUUUUAAGGACCUCUUGCCCUAGAUCUGAAGGUCUUCAGUGCAGAUCCCGUUAGCAGCACGUGAACCGCAAUACAUGUAAAUGCCUUCAAUUCUUACUGAAUUUGGAUAUAGUUUUGUAUCGUGCUCUGGGGAAGAGGGAUGAAAUUGGAUCAUGUUUUACACUAACACCCACAAAACGGUGUCUUUGUCGCAGCAGGUAACAGGCCUGUAGAGAUUUUUAAUUAGCAUAUUUUUAUCAUAGUUUUAACAAACAGAACACGAAUGUGAUUGCUCCCCGGCGCUUCCCACAAGGCAGCACCAGUACAGUCCUAGUGCAAGGUACUGACUUCACAUGUUCCAUUUCACCUGUGUAUAAAGUAAUUAGGUGCAGCAUAGGAUAACUUUUAUAUGGCACUGACACCGAUGUGUGGCAUGCGCAGCUGUUUCAAAGAUGUAACGUUACUUUUAUGAAGCUUAACUAGGGCGAACGUCCCUAAGCCUGUGGAAUUCAGGGUUCAUUCUGGACAUGCUCCGUGGGUGGCUGACCUCUCCUGAUGGGAAUGCCUGCAGGCUUUGCUCCACUGAAACAAAGCAAGAAACUUGGCUGAUUUGUUAUCCUUUCAAGCAGCCACUGCUGUCUACUGAAAUAUUCCUGGCAGUUAUUGAGGUUGGUAGCGAAGCUGAACCUGUUUGGACUGAAACAAUUGUGUACCUUUGGUGUGUAGAGAAGUCGUACCCAUGAAUGAGACUAGAAUGAACGCUGAGUCUGUAAACCUGCUCACACAGACACACUGAGACACUGAUGUUACGUGUGUUGUAAAUUUAUAAUAUAUCUUAAAAAUAAAGGGUUUUUUUGGUUUAUUA